AUGGCAUCCAUGCGAUUAAAGGAAUUAGAACAAUAUUUGCAACAAUUGGACGGAUUUGAAAGGCCGAAAGUAAACUUGGAGCAAUACUCAACAAGCGCCCAUAUUGGCGCUCACUUGCUUUAUACUGCCCAGACACAGUUUAAUGACAUUGAGGGUAAAUCAGUAGCGGACUUGGGUACCGGUUGCGGUGUACUGUCGCUUGGAGCACGGAUGCUGGGCGCCGAUUAUGUUGUAGGCUUUGAAAUAGAUACUGAUGCGUUGGAAAUUCUUUCGAGAAAUUGUGAAGACAUUGAUUUGUCUGUCGAAGCUGUACAGUGUGACAUUCUUAAAUAUUUACCAGGUAAAUUUGAAAAAGCAUUUGACACGGUGAUAAUGAAUCCGCCAUUUGGUACCAAAAAUAACGCUGGAAUAGACAUGGAGUUUUUGGAAAUAGCGACAAAGUUGUCGCGGAACGCGGUGUACUCGCUACACAAAACAUCAACCAGGAAUUUUAUACUGAAGAAAGCUAAACAGUUCAAUUGUGAGGCGACGGUUGUCGCUGAACUGAGAUACGAUUUACCUCAGGCAUACAAAUUUCAUAAAAAAGAGUCUGUUGAUAUACAAGUAGAUUUUAUACGAUUUUCUAUAAACUCAUAAUUUUAAUGAA